AUGUAUUCCGUCAUUAAACAAAAUCCGAUUUUCAAAUCUAACGGGCUCUUUCUCACUGCUCCAACCGCGCGGUUCUCACUUUACCCCAAUUACAAACCUAGCCGCGCUGCUCUUCCAUUUCUCUCACCGCCGUCUUCUCACCGGCGCCGCCACCGUCUUCCCCACCUUAGUCACAAUUCAGAUCUCGCUCUUCCGCCCGAUCUCGCCGCUCCUCAGCACUCGCCGGCAGCCCUUGCCACCACCUCCGUUCGGCAGCAGCAGUUCCGCCAUUCGUGCAGGUGGCGAUUUUCUCGUCUAAUUGCAAAUUACAAAUUGAGUUUGUUGCUGCACCUUUUAUUGGAUUAUCCUCUGCUCACUCAAGAUGAUCUCAUCCACACUUUCUCAACUUUAAAAAGAGAUGUCAAUUUCCUUCACCAUACGAGCAAUCUUGGAUGGAAAAAAGUUGAGGCCAGUGAUGGUGCUCUCACUAAUUUCGAAGUGCUUGACCUUUUGAGAUCAAGAGGAGCUGGAAAGGAUGCGUCUCGAGCUAUUGCAACCGUAUCUCAAUCUGAGUUCAAGGUUUUUGAUUAUCUAGACGGGACUGUUGCUUGCAAUCAAACAAGGGAAACUAUUGAUAACUUUGUUGAAGAGUGUCAAAAAUUUGAACUGGCCAAGGCAGAGAUUCUUAACAUUGUGAAUAUAAGACCAAGAAGUGAACCUGAGCUUUUCCCGGUGGAGAUACAAGAAAUUGGUGCAGAGAUGGGCCAAUCUAAUCCUGAUACGCCCGUGGAUAUGAACAAGAUUUAUCUAAAUGUUUUGGGAGGCGGUUUAGAUAAAAAGCAAAGAUUGUUCGGCACAGGUAGUCUCGCAUCGACCUUGAAGACCGAUAUAUCGGGAGAGAGUAGUACUUCAGCUAUGUCCGACAUCGACAAAGAGCUGUAUGCCACUCGCCUAGGAAAUGUAGAGGAGCAGCUUCAAGCGGAGCGAGAAAGGACAUCUCGAUUAGAAGAACAUGUUAAAGUUGCAAUGGGGAUUAUCAAGCAGUUGCAAGGGCAAUCAAGCACCGCCACUAGUUAUCCAAAUCCACCAUCACAUGUUCCAUAUGAUCAUACAUGUGUUUUGAUUUCGGUAUCGACUAUCUCUAGGUGCUUGGUUUUGAAAUACUUGUUAGAUAUGUGAUUUCUAGACUAUUUGGGUUUGUGACUACUAUUUCUAGGUGUUUGGUUUUGAGAUACUUAUAUGUGAUUUCUAAACUAUCUUGGUUUAUGACUAUUUUGGGAUAAUGA